AUGUGUGCUGCCCGGAUGCCGCCUCCGCUGGCGCACAUCUUCCGAGGGACCUUCGUCCACUCCACCUGGACCUGCCCCAUGGAGGUGCUGCGGGAUCACCUCCUGGGAGUGAGCGACAGCGGCAAAAUAGUGUUUUUAGAAGAAGCAUCUCAGCAAGAAAAGCUGGCCAAAGAAUGGGGCUUCAAGCCGGGUGAGAUAAGAGAACUGAGCCCACAUGAGUUCUUCAUGCCCGGGCUGGUGGAUACGCACAUCCAUGCCUCUCAGUAUCCCUUUAGUGGGAGUAACGUAGACCUGCCGCUUCUGCAGUGGCUGACCAAGUACACGUUUCCCACAGAACUCAAGUUCAAGAACUUGGACUUCGCUGAGGAAGUAUAUACCAAAGUUGUCAGGAGAACACUGAAGAAUGGAACAACCACAGCUUGUUACUUUACAACAAUUUACACUGACUCAUCACUGCUCCUUGCGGAAAUUACAGAUAAAUUUGGGCAGCGAGCAUUUGUGGGCAAAGUCUGCAUGGAUAUGAAUGACACUGUCCCAGAAUACAAGGAAACCACUGAGGAAUCAAGCAAGGAAACAGAGAGAUUCGUGUCAGAAAUGCUCCGAAAGAACUAUUCUAGAGUGAAGCCCAUAGUGACACCACGUUUUGCCCUUUCCUGCUCUGAGACGAUGCUGACCGAACUUGGAAACAUCGCGAAGACCCGUGAUUUGCACAUUCAGAGCCAUAUAAGUGAAAAUCCUGAUGAAAUUAAAGCUGUGGAAAACUUAUACCCCAGUUAUAAAAACUAUACAGAUGUGUAUGAUAAAAACAAUCUUCUGACAAAUAAGACAGUGAUGGCACAUGGCUGCUACCUUUCUGCAGAAGAACUGGAUGUUUUCAGGGAACGAGGAGCAGCGAUCGCACAUUGUCCCAAUUCUAAUAUAUCGCUCACCAGCGGCUUACUCAAUGUGCUAGAAGUGCUGAAACAUGAUGUGAAAAUAGGGCUCGGCACAGAUGUGGCUGGUGGUUAUUCCUAUUCCAUGCUUGAUGCAAUCAGAAGAGCAGUGGCGGUUUCCAAUACCCUUGUAAUUACUAAGGAAAAUGAGAAAAGCCUAACCCUCAAAGAGGUAUUCAGACUAGCGACUCUCGGAGGCAGCCAAGCACUGGGGCUUGAUAAACAAAUUGGAAACUUUGAAGUGGGCAAGGAAUUUGAUGCCCUCUUGAUCAACCCCAAAGCAUCUGAUUCUCCCAUUGACCUGUUUUGUGGGGAUUUUGGUGAAACUUCUGACGCUUUUAUCCAGAAGUUUCUCUAUCAAGGAGAUGACCGGAAUAUUGAGGAGGUUUAUGUGUGUGGAAAGCAGGUGGUUCCCUUUUCAAGCUCAGUCUAA